AUUGGGCGGUCGCUUUGCCAAAAACCCAGAGCUGUUCUCCUCAAGCAGCGUGAACAGAAAAGCGCAGAAGUCGGAGCCUAGGGCUGUUUAAACCUCUCUCACCAUGUGGUACCUACCGUGCCUGUUGUUUUGGGUGUUCCCGUGGGUCUGGGUACAAUCUGAAGCCCAGCAAAAUAAUUUCCCCUUCCGCUGCCUGCAGAUCUCUUCCUUCCCAAACAGUAGUUGCUCAAGCACAGAUGGCUUGGCCUGGCUGGGGGAUCUGCAAACUCAUCGGUGGAGUAAUGCCUCGGACACCAUUGACUUCGUGAAACCCUGGUCCCAGGGCAAAUUCAGUGACCAACAGUGGGAGCACUUGCAGCGUAUAUUUCGAAUUUAUCGAUUCAGCUUUACCAGGGACAUACAGGAAUUUGUCAAAAUGAUGCCUAAUAUACACUAUCCUGUUGAGAUCCAGAUGUCUGCUGGGUGUGACGUGUACUCUGAGAAUGCUUCAGAAAGCUUUUUAUAUGCAACAUUUCAAGGAGAAUAUAUCCUGAGUUUUCAGGGAACUUCCUUUCAGAAGGCCCCAGAUGCCCCACCUUGGACAGAGUUGGUCAUUAACGUGCUCAACGGUGAUCAAGGGACAACGGAAACAGCACAAUGGCUUCUGUAUGACAUCUGCCCCAAGUUUGUCCAUGGCCUCCUGGAGGCAGGGAAGGCGGAGCUAGAGAAACAAGGUACAGAGAAGCCUGAGGUCUGGUUUUCCAGUGGCCUCAGUCCUAAACAUGGUCAUCUACAGUUGGUGUGUCAUGUCUCUGGCUUCUACCCAAAGCCUGUGUGGGUGAUGUGGAUGCACGGUGAGCAGGAGCAAAAUAGUACUCAGACAAGUGACUACCUGCCCAAUGCUGAUGAGACAUGGUAUCUCCGAGCAACCCUGGAUGUGGAGGCUGGAAAGGAGGCUGGCCUGGCCUGCUGUGUGAAACAUAGCAGCCUAGGAGAACAGGAUAUCAUCUGCCAUUCACCAGGUGGCAGACAUUUUUCCAUGGGUAUUAUCAUCGUGCUAGUACUAGGAGUACUAGUACCAAUAUGUGCUCUAAUCUGUUAUGUGAUCUACAUCAAGAAGCGCCACUCCUAUCAAGACAUCCUGUAGGUUUUCCUUACACCUGUCUUUCCUGAGACUCAGACCUUCCGGCUUCUAGGACUUCAGUCCUGGUUGGCUGAGGAACUGAGGAGGGUAAAACAACCUUGAAGAAAGUGAAGAGCAACCAGCGCACCCUUUCAAUAUUUAUUUUAAAAAUUAAUUUCUUUUUCAUUGUAUUACAAGUUUAUAAAAGCCCAGGUGGUUUGGAACAAACACAAUUGCAAAUAAACAUACCUGCCAAGAACGAGCUGUGGGCAGUAUUUUAUGGGGUUUGCACUGAACUGGAAAGCACAGAUCCUGCCCAAACCGAUGGUUCCAAGUUUGUUGAAAAGUGUAAAGUCCAAUGCCAACAUGGCUGAACUCUACAGGGUUCAAGAAACCUAGAAGUACUUAUUUGAGAGGAGAGGUGACAUACAGAUUUUAAAGUAAACUCAAAUAUUUGCAAAUAUCAGCACUGUUUGAUAUCUUAGAUCCACACCUGAUGGAUGUCCAUCUAAUGACAACCCAAGGACUUCCAGUUUGUGGCUCUUUAAAAGAAAAUAUUUGUCCUAAAUGCCAUAAUGACAGUCUUAGGAUAGAGUCUCUAUUGUAAACAUGCAUUCAGGGCUAAAGGGUAUGUUCUCUUUAAAAUAAAAUUUAGGAGGUCUCCUGGAGUUUUACUUUGAAUCACUGUAUUUUAAAAAGAAGUCAUAGUGUAUACAUUCUUACCCUGAGAUAUUUCCCUUAAACACUCCUAUAAUUUGCAUUUGAAAUGUAUCCCGACACCCCAUUUAUUGAAGGUCAAGUUACCAGCCCAUGGCACUAUCAGGAAGUAGUAC